ACUUAUUGGAUAACGCGUCAAAUAAAUUUUGAUCUACAAAACUAUAUCUGUUUAACAAAUACUUCUAGUUUAAAAACACAUUUCCAUGAGAUGCAAUUUAUUAAAAUUAGUGCUCUUACGAAAGUCUAAUCAAAACUGUGUAAAAAUUGUGUUACUACUUAUAACCUGAAAAUAAUGUAUCCAGCGAAACAAAGCAACAUGAACCGACAUAUCCGGAGGAGGCGCCGGACAGGUCGACUGUGCGGGAGGACGCGGUUCCGAGCCCUCGGGAGAAUGGUGAUGAACCACAGACCGUGGCUGACAGAGAGACCAAACGUGGGCAAGGGUGUGGACGAGGACAUCAAGAAGAAUGUGCUGCGGAUAGACGUCAUGACAAAGGAGAAGUAUCAGAGCCUCAGCAUCCAGAACAAGUCACUUUUACGGAAGGACCAACGACUUCGUACUGAGGAGGAAAUCGACGAUCUCCACAAGGUUAUAGGGAAUUUGAAAUGUUUUCGACGAUACCCCGAGAAUGUCCGCAGGGAGUUGGUGGCAUCGACGUAUUUUGAGUACUACGGUGGCGGCCGAGUGAUUGUGAGGCAGGACCACGACGCCACAUUUCUGGGGUUCGUCCUGCGAGGGGAACUGGAGGUGACAACUGCCAGGGUGGACCCGGUGUUCGGCAACGUAGUGACCGAGGUGACGGGCCAACUGGGCCCUGGAGCAGUGUUUGGCGAGGUGUCUCUACUGCACAACGUACCUAGGACUAACACAGUCACCAGUGUCACUGCAGUGGAAUUGCUGAUCCUGAAGAAGGACGACUUUGACCGUGUGCUGAAGGCGUCCAUGCAGAAGCAGUGGGACGACAUCAGCACUGCAAUGAAGCAGUUUCCGUACUUCGAGAACUGGGAUGACGUCGCCACCAGGGAGUGUUGCAUGCUGAGCGACACAUUCUCUUGCAACCCUCACGACAUCGUACUGGGCAAGGGCAUGGGCAAGCAUGGGUCAGCACACUUCGUGUUGUCCGGAACCUGCAGCAUGGUACAGCGGCUGAUGGUCAGCAAGGAUGGUGAGAAGUACAAGCUACACCCCCCAGACACAGCUGGUCCGGGGGUUGGACCUCUGGUCAUGCAGGUGUGCCUCUUCACUCAGGGCGGCUGCUUUAAUUUAGGGGAGUCUCUUGCUGAACGUACCAUUGUCGCUGAUACCAACGUGAGAGUGCUGAGAAUCCCUUUGUAUCUCCUGCGUCAGCACAACGUAGCCAACAUUUGGUCCCGGAUUCGUCAGUUCCUAGAGUCUAGAAUGUCCUCCGACCAGGAGCUAUUCCAGAAGUUUCUGGAAGCUAGGAGAUGGGACAAGUACAAAAAGGAGAGAUGCGCGCAGCUGAGAAAUCCCAACACAUUGAAUCAUACAACCAUCCACGACGCGCCAUACUAUUGGCGGGUAAUGGGGUCUGAACUAUGCAACGGCAGGCCUUGUGGCUCUUCGUAAAGCUGUGGUGUUCUAUACGCAUUAUAUACCUUCUAUAUGACGGGAACUAAAGACAUUCGUGUCAAGGGGGGUUUUAAAUUUCUUUGUGUCUCGUGUCUUCAAAUUGAAUAAUUAGGCCUAAUUGAUAAAAAACCCUUAAAAUAAUAACUUUUCUGAACCAGUCUUGACCUAAUGAUUAACGUUCAAAUAUAUUCAUUAGUUAUGAGAAUAUUGAAUUUUACCAUUACAAUAUGCAAUGAAUGUUAUAUUCAGAUAUUCAAACAAACAUGAUAAAAAUUUUAAUUGGCGAUGGAUACAGAAAGACUU